AUGGUUGGAUAUUCACUGGCCCUUGUGGCCGCCCUCCUCGCCGUCGCUACCGUCGAUGCAGCCGACCUGGAACACAUGGUGCCUGUUGCAACUCCUGCUGGCCUCAUCGCCCUCAACGGGAGAUCUCCGAAGCCUACGCCCCCUCCCGGUUUGCCUGAUGGAAUACCGCUGGAAUUAGUGAAGAGACAGGCCAGCAGCUCUGCCAGCUUGUUAAUUCCUUUUCCUCCUCCAGCUUAUUAUUGUGGUUUGGUUGAUGGUGACCCAGAGAAUCCCCUGACUUGUGUCAAUGCCCGCGCAACCUGUAUAUAUACUGGAAACGCCGCUGGUUGCUGUCUAAGCAAAAAUAUCAAUGACUGCACUACUAUUCCAACUACCUGCUACCCAUCAAGUGUCAGUUGCGACUCAGCUUGUUCCAGGGAUUCACUGGCUCUCAAGUGUAGCAUCUCAACCCUUCCCUACUGCGGAACCUAUGUCUUCAACCAAAAUACCAAGCUCUACGGAUGCUACUCGUACGCUUCGGUUUCCAACAACAUUUCGCCAUUGUCACAAUAUUAUUCCUCCGUCCUCGGACCGGACUAUGCCUCUAAAUACUCUGCCACCCACAUCCCAUCCUCCACCACCGAGUCUUACUCUAACCAACCCACCAAUACCGGUACAGAUGGCUCCCCACAACCAUCUACCUCAACCUCACCAACUCCCAGCCCUACCCCUACCCCACCCCCAUCCCCCAACGGCGCUGGGCUUGGGGGCGGCGCUAUCGCCGGUAUCGUUGUAGGUUGCGUUGCUGGCGUUUCCGCCAUCCUCAUCGCAAUCUGGUGGUUUGUUCUACGCAAGAAGCCAGAUAACACCCCGGCCCCUGCCCCUGCUACUGCCUACACGCAAAAUAACAACAUGCCACCACCAAGCAUGAACCAGCAGGGUUAUAACCAAACCCCCUCUGCCGCUGGAGGAUACUACGCGCCUGUUGAACAGAAACCCCCAGUCGACGACCAGCUACCAACGUACCCGAACGAACAGAAGAUUUCUCCAUUCUCACUCAGACUCAGCACGCUGAAAUGCCCGGAUCAAACGUCAGACUCACCACAGCAGAUGUCACCUAUUCCAUCCGAGCUGGCUUCGACGCCUAUGUCUGCUACACAUAACGGACCUGUUCCUGAACAGAUCUAUGAGAUGGGACCUGGCCGGUAG